CUGACUUUGGUCAAUAUUUUGUCACAAGGGAGAGGUGUUGGAGGGAGAAGUAGCCAGGGUGCUUUUAAGUCACCAACUAACUGGUCUUCUCUGCUUAAUAAAUUAAGCAGAAAUAAUCUGUAGUGACAUUUAACCUGCUGCAGCUGAUACCUGCCUCUGCCAAUAAGAAAGUGAUGAGAUAACCUCCAUUUCCUGAGUGUGUGGAAGAUUUGCAACCUGUGUGGCUUCUGCCUCUGCAGCUCUUGUAUGGCUGGACUCUUGGAAGUAAAUUGUCAGUCCAAAGUAAUGCAUUGCUGGCCUUGUUUUUUUUUUUUUUUAAUUACUAAUGUAAUUAUAUACAUGACGAUAAUGAAAUACACAGCUUUCAGUAGGCUGGUGAAGCUUUAGAGGACAAUGUUUUGAGACUGCUGGAAGCUAUGAUGGUGAACUGAGUGUGAAAUGUAGUUUUGGAGAAGUAAUUGGGGAACUAAUGCAAGUGUGGUUUUGUUUUUCCUUUUUUAUUUCAGCAAGUGGCUCAAUGGAUUCAUGCCUGAUGAUCUGGAGUAUGAAGCCUCAGAUGAGAGCCUAUCGCUUUGUGGGCCACAAAGAUGCAGUUUUGUGUGUCCAGUUCUCACCUUCUGGUCACCUUGUGGCUUCAGGCUCUAGAGACAAAACAGUCCGUUUGUGGAUCCCUAGUGUCAAAGGAGAAUCGACUGUGUUCAAGGCUCACACAGGAACUGUGAGAAGUGUUCAUUUCUCCAGCGAUGGCCAGUCCUUAGUUACAGCUUCCGAUGACAAAACAAUCAAAGUGUGGACAGUUCACAGGCAGAAGUUUCUGUUCUCACUGAACCAGCACAUCAACUGGGUUCGCUGUGCCAGAUUCUCUCCUGAUGGACGAUUGAUAGUGUCAUCCAGUGAUGAUAAAACUGUCAAGCUGUGGGACAAAACCAGCAGGGAAUGCAUCCACUCCUUCUGUGAGCAUGGAGGGUUUGUGAACCACGUGGAUUUCCAUCCCAGCGGAAACUGCAUUGCCGCGGGGGGCACGGACAACACGGUGAAGCUGUGGGAUGUCAGGAUGAACAGACUGCUUCAACAUUACCAAGUGCACAGCUCUGUGGUCAACAGUCUGUCCUUUCAUCCCUCUGGAAACUAUCUGGUUACUGCUUCCAGUGAUUCAACUCUUAAGAUUCUGGACUUAUUAGAAGGAAGACUUCUCUAUACUCUUCAUGGUCACCAGGGACCAGCUACCUGUGUAGCAUUUUCAAGAGAUGGAGACUUAUUUGCUUCUGGAGGUUCUGAUGAACAGGUGAUGGUGUGGAAGACUAACUUUGAUGCUGAUUAUGGUGAAGCAGUGAAACCCCAAAAAUAUGGCAGCAGUGUGGAUGGGACUCAUGGCACUGGGCAGUCAGAAAUGGAUUGUGGCAUUCAUCAUAAGAAAACAAAAACUCAGGAUUCUAGUAGGACCCAUGAGCAGCAAGAGGAGGAGACCAGUCUUGCAAAUACCCUGGAGCAUAUUAUAGGACAGCUGGAUGUUCUGACUCAGACAGUUUCCAUCCUGGAGCAGAGGCUGACACUCACUGAAGACAAGCUGAAGGAAUGUCUUGAGAAUCAGCAGAAAAUCAUUCAGAACAAAACAAACUGAUUUCCUAAGAUCAGACAGGAGGUGAAGGCAUUGGGAGG